AUGGUGUUUGCAUCGUCCACGAUAACGGCUACGCCGGCGGCCCUCAAGCCGAGGGCGACUUCCCUCAAUCAUGAUGGCACGCCACCCGUCGCUCCUUUAACUACGGUCUGGACAGCUUCGCCCGGGUGUUUUCCGGUCUCAACGCGCUCUACGACUGAUAUCGACAUGUUUUGGACCAGUCAUACCGAUUGUGCACCCCCAGGCUACGCAAGCUACUUUGAAACAUAUUACUAUUCCCCCGGUAUCUGUCCUAGCGGGUUUACGGUCGGCUGCUCACGAUAUGGUGAUUUCCAAGGACCAUCUGUUGAACCUACUGAAACAGCUAUGCUUUGCGUUAUGAGUAACUAUUUCUGUACCCCGGGUGCGUGGAAUUAUUACGCAACCAACACGGACUUGUCGUAUGCACAAGUGAUGAUUCAGAUAAGAUGGGCGGAAAGUGACUUAUCUAUUCUGGAAACUCAUCCGUUAACCCCCGGAUUAAAGAUCGCCACUACAGGAACUGAAUCUAGUGCGACAGUAACUGUAAUAUCGUCAAACCUAGGUCGUAGCGGAGAGGGAUUAUCUACAGGUGCCCAGGUCGGAAUUGGUGUUGGCGCAGGUUUGUUUGGUCUCCUCGCUAUUGGGUUGGCGGUCUUCUUUAUUUUACGAUAUCGAAAAAGGCGUGCGGGUAGUCAAGAUACCAGUCAAAUUCCAUCUACACAGCAACCCCAAGACCAGUAUCCACAGACGUUAAUAUCAGGUCAACAAAGUCAACCGGCUCAAGGCUACCCUGGCUACACACCAUAUGUUGACCCAAAUACAGGCGCAAUAUCAUAUUAUUCUCCUAUUCCCCGGCCUACCGAGUUAGGGGGUACUGCGAUUAAGAGUUUGACAAACAUAACCCCUAGCCAGGGCGCACCAUCCAUAACAGGACCGCAGUCCACCUACUUACGAGAUCCCGCUGUUUUGGAUGGCAAAUCUAUACUCAUACAGAAUAGCAUGGGCACCGGGACCCCUAAUACUUCGCCUGUCGGUAUCGACCUGACUAACGAGUCUCCUCUACUUGCGGAGAUGCCGGGGAGUGAAGGAAUUGCAAGAUCUGUAGGAGAUAGCGAGAAUUCACAGGUGCAACAGGAAAUUGCGCACUUAAUGACGGAACAAGCAAAGUUAGAUGCAAGAAGAACAAGGCUGAUGGAGUUGGCAGAGCUAGAUGAGGAAGAGCAACGGAUACGAAUCAGAAUGCAUCAACUUCAGUCAGGGCCAUAA